AUGGCACAAGGAUUACCAGUUUUUCCCGCAUUUACUGUUAACGAGCCUGGCAUAGACACAAGGUGGAAAAAAUGGACAAACCGUUUUGAAAAUCUUAUGAUUGGAAUGAAUAUCAAAGACAAAACGCGACAACGUGCAUUAUUUCUUCACUAUGCAGGGGAAGACGUCAACGACAUAUUUGAUACAUUGCAAGACACCGGGGACGAUUAUGAAACCGCAAAAACAAAACUGACUGAAUAUUUCGCACCAAAAAAGUGCACGGAGUAUGAAAUCUUCAAAUUUCGACAGGCAAAGCAGGACUCGAGCGAAAACAUAGACAGUUUUCACACGCGAUUGAGGGCAUUAAGCAGAAAUUGCGAAUUUCCUAACACGAACAAAGAAAUCAAAUCACAAAUCAUUCAAGGUUGUACCUCCACACGGUUACGUAGAAAGGCUUUACGAGAUGAUCUGACGUUGGACAAUUUGAUAAAGGAAGCACGUGCCCUGGAACUAUCGGAUCUACAAGCGUCCGAAAUUGAGAACAAUUCAAAGAAAGAUGCAGUGAAUGUCAUGAAAUCGAAACACAAGUCAGCAUCAACAAAACACAACUCUUAUCCGACCAGAAAGAAGGCAACAUGCAAAUAUUGUGGAUACGAAUACCCACAUCAAUCAGGAAAAUGUCCGGCGGACGGAAAGACGUGCACAUACUGCAAAAAGAAAGGUCAUUUUGAAAAAGUGUGCAGGUCCAAGCUGAGAAAUCGUAGGAAAAACGUAAACAGAAUGGAUGAUGAAAGCUCUCAAAGCGAAACUGAAAGUGAAACUAGAAGCGAAAGUGAAAAUGAAAAUAGCAUAUUUGGAUUAUCAGUGAAUUCGUUGCAGUCAUCAAGCCCUAAUUUGGCGAUCCAAAUAAACGGUCAGUCUGUCAAGGCAUUGAUAGACACAGGGUCGUCUAUAAAUGUAAUUGAUGAAAGGACAUACAGCAAGCUAAAAAACAAAGUGACUCUCAGUAAGGUAGACACGAAAGUAUAUGCUUAUGGUGCUAAUAAAGUGGACUUAUUAGGAAAGUUCCAGGCGACAAUUGAAACCAAACACAAGAUCACAACAGCUCCAGUAUAUGUGGCAAAAGGUAAAAGUGGCAACUUGUUAUCUUAUUUGACAUCUGUUGAUCUCCAGGUUAUUCCUGAAAUAAGUGUCAUAACACAGAAUAAGGUCGAUGAACUUUGCGAUAAAUAUGGAUCUGUCUUCAAGGGUAUUGGAAAAAUGAAAGACACUGAAGUAAAGUUGUAUGUUGACAAAAAUGUUCAACCUGUCACCCAGCCGCACAGACGCAUACCUUUUCACCUGAGAAAACAAGUUGAAGAUGAGCUCCAAAGGCUUGAAAAGUUAGACAUCAUUGAGAAAGUAGAUGGUCCGACAGAUUGGGUAUCACCGAUAGUGGUGGCUCCGAAGCCCAAAAGCAAAACAAACCAAAUAAGGAUUUGUGUUGACAUGAGAUUGCCUAAUCAAGCAAUAAAACGCACAAGACAUAUAAUUCCUACUAUUGAUGAUAUGAUCGUGGACUUAAGCGGUGCUAAAGUGUUCUCUAAAUUAGACUUGAAUCAGGGAUAUCACCAGCUGGAACUAUCAGAACAAUCACGAAACAUUACGACAUUCACCACACAUAUUGGACUGAGAAGAUACAAACGCCUAAGCUUUGGAAUAAAUAGCGCUGCGGAAAUUUUUCAAAACGCUUUAAGUACAACUCUAGAGGGAUUAGAUGGUGUGAAAAAUAUUUCGGAUGACAUAAUCGUAUAUGCUAGAAACCAAACAGAGCAUGACAGAAGGCUUGAAGCAGUCUUAAAGCGACUACAACAAAUGAACAUUACGCUAAAUAAAAAGAAAUGUGAAUUCAACCAGAACAAAUUAGAGUUCUUUGGAUAUGUAUUUGGUGAAGACGGCAUGUCGGCAGACCCAAAGAAGGUCGAAACCAUCAAGAAUACACCACCACCCAAGAAUGUGCCAGAGGUGAGAAGCUAUUUAGCUAUGACAAAUUAUGUGUCGCGCUUCAUUCAAAAUUACAGCACAAUUGCAGAGCCUCUAAGACGCCUGAUAAAGAAAAACGCAAAAUGGACAUGGCAAAAUGAACAAGAAGAAGCAUUCCUUAAGCUGAAAUCGAUUCUCAGCAGUGAUACUGUCAUGACCUACUUUGAUCCUAAUAAGGAAACACAGAUCAUCACAGAUGCAAGUCCCGUUGGAGUAGCCGCAAUAAUGCUACAAGAAGGAAAAGUUGUAUGCUAUGCAAGCAGGUCAUUGACAGACGUUGAAAGAAAUUCAUAUUCUCAGCAAGAAAGAGAGAAUUUGGCACUAGUUUGGAGUGUAGUACAUUGGCAUACAUACUUAUAUGGACAUAAGUUCACUGUGAUCACUGAUGCGAAAUUCAUUGAAAAUAUCUACAGUAAUCCAAAGUCAAAAAUUGGAUCAGCAAGACUUGAACGCUGGAGAAUGCGACUAUUAUCAUACGACUUUAACGUCAUACAUAAAAGUGGAGAUUCAAACAUGUCGGAUUUCUUGAGCAGACACCCAGACACAGGAAAACACAAACAAACAAGUGUGGCAGAGGAAUAUGUUAAUUUCCUGGCAUAUCAUGAUGUCCCUGUAGCCAUGAACAUGAAUGAAAUAAUUCAAGCAACAUCCCAGGACGUUGACCUCCAAAUGGCCAUUAAAUAUGUCAAAUCUGGAAACUGGAAUAACCCAAGAAAAAACAAAAUAAUUGAUACCCUGUCACGCUGCAAAAACGAGCUGUCGGUAGUAAAUCUUCAAAAUGGUGAAAUUCUGCUGCAUGAGUCCAGGAUUGUUAUCCCUAGGCAAUUACAAGAUAAAGUGAUAUCAUUAGCUCAUGAGGGUCAUCAGGGAAUUGUUAAAACCAAACAAUUAUUAAGAGAGAAAGUGUAUUUCCCAGGCAUGGAUCAAUUAGUAGAAGCAAAAUGCAAAAGUUGCAUUCCGUGUCUAGCAGCAACAAAUAAAAAGACUCAAGAACCGCUGCGAAUGAGUGAAAUGCCAAAAUAUGCGUUUCAGGUAGUUAGCUUGGACUUUUGUGGACCAUUUCCAGAUGGAAAGUAUUUACUCGUGCUAAUAGAUGAAUACUCACGUUUCCCGUUCGUUGAAGUACUUAAUUCAAUCACAGGCAACACGGUGAUUCCUGUGCUAGACAAAAUUUUCUCAGAAGCAGGGAUUCCAGAAGUGUUAAAGUCGGACAACGGAAGUCCCAUGAAUUCACACCAGUUCAAAGAUUUUGCUAAGCAUUUGGGUUUCAAACACAAGAAAAUAACUCCGCUGUGGCCGCAGGCAAAUGCUGAAUGUGAACGCUUCAUGAAAACAAUAGGCAAAACAAUCAGAGCUUCCCAUGUCCAUCAUUCUGAUUGGAAAAAAGACAUGUAUGCUUUUCUGAGAAAUUACAGAUCGACACCGCACGGAACGACAUCCGAAACACCCUCUGACCUAUUUUAUGGAAGACCCAUAAACAUUAAAAUUCCAUUCUUACAAAGGCAAAAGAAAUCGAAAAAACACAAAAACGCAAGAGAAAAUGACAGAAAAUCAAAGCAGAAAAUGAAAGACUAUGCUGAUACACGGAGAAACGCGAGAAAAACUGAAAUUAAAAUUGGUGACAGUGUGUUGGUAAAACAAGACAAACACAACAAAUUUUCGACCCCAUACGAUCCAUUACCCUAUGAGGUAAUCAAGACAAAAGGGUCAAUGGUAACCGCCGAACGCGAGGACAAACAAAUAACUCGAAACUCUUCAUUCUUUAAACGUGUCGGAACGUCGAAAAAUGAGCCAAACAACGAGAAAACCAACGCCAACCAUGAUACGACCGUAUCAUCACAAUUCGAGAAGAAAACCAGGCACGAAACCCCAUCACACCAAGGCAACGACUCUGGCGAUGCCGUAUCACCACGAACACAAAGACAGAAAAAAACACCGGAUUACUUAAAAGAUUAUGUGUGUCAAAGUAAUAAAUAGCGGCAUAAUAAUCCGCUAUACUUCAAAGCAGAGCUGUAUUCGAAAUUGGAAUUUAAAAGUGCUAAUCAAUAAUCUACCAUUUAAAUAUGUAACGUUGUGAAAAAAAUAUCCAAAGGGAUGUAAAAGGAUUUAACAAUAAAAUGUAAUUCGCCAUGAAUUAUACAUGCAACAGGUGCAUUGAAAUAAUACAUGCCAUUCAUAUGCUUACACUGUUUUGUUACUGGAUUUACAUUAUUGUUUUAGAAUAAUAUAUCUGACCUUCAUUGCAAAUUCAUUUUGUAUCAUUGGGCAUAUAAUUUAUUUAAUUGAAUGAAAUGCCAGUCUCAUUCACAAUCUUAGAAACAUUAAAGUAAUUUAUGAACACGUGUAGACAGUACUUGCUAUCGGAACCAAUCUUUAAAUCAGCCAUUGAACAUUAACGUUGAGAUAAGAUGAUAAAGCAAUUAGGGGCAUAUCAUUGCUACAAAUAAAACUCUCGUUAUCUGGACAGACACUCGUGAAGACAAACACUUGUAAUCUCGGUUAAUGUUUGGAAACAAUGACACUGCUGUUGGAGAAUUUGAUUAGUAUAAACAUUCUUUUAUUCUGGCUAAUUUCAAAUCUUGGCCGGGAGGAAUUGUAGUGUUGUUAAAUACAAUGUCAAUCAAGUGAUAGCAGCUCCUCCCACUAGCUCCCUAGCAGAAGGAUGUCUCUCUGAUACCAUUAUAAGUUAGUUGAA